CUGAGCUGCCAGGAUCAUCUGCAAUCAAGCUCUCCUCCUUGCGGGAUCUUCCGGCUCAGCUGCAAGAAUUGUACCAGCAGGGCUUCAUCUUGGCUGCUGUCCACCCUUUCGUGCAACCAACUGAUGAAAAAGAGAAAACUCCCCAGGAACAAAUCUUCAGGGCUGUGCUUAUCAAGAAAACAGAAAGGUCUUCAAAAGGUGAUGUCCAUAGUGAAGGAUAUGUCUUGGAGGUAGAGUGCUGCUCGUCUUUAAACCAACUUUCUGACAAAAAGGAGAUACCUGAUUUUAUUAAGAAAAUUCAAGAUGCUGCAAGUCAAGGCUUGAAAUUUGUUGGAAUUAUACCUCAGUACCAUUCCCAAAAGAACUGUCUUGUCAGCACCUCCCUGACACCCGCCAGUAACAACUCUGUGCAAUCAAGAGAUAAUAAAAAUGUUUCGAAUUACCCUGAGGAUCAUGCUUCACCGGAUGGCGAGAAAAUAGAUGGCAUUAAUGGAUGCGGUACUCCAGCACCGAGUGAGGAAAGUGCUGACCAAUGUGCCACAUCCAGGGAGGGCUGCAGAGGUGAAGGACAGGCUACCGACGAGCUGAAUCUCAAGUCUGCGAAGGGAAACGAAGAGCAGUUUGAACAUGCGAGCCCAAGUGUAACAGAAGCAGUAGACAAGCCAAAUGGGCUUGCAGAGAGCGAAACACCAGCACGAUGCUUAAAACCACUCACUGGCAAAGCAGAGAUCUUUGCUCUUUUCAACAAGCCAAAAACCCCACAAAGAUGCAGCCAGUACUAUACGGUGACUAUCCCUAUGAGGAUCUCCAGGAAUGGGCAGACUGUCAAUGGCUUAGAAGCAAAUUGGCUGGAGCACAUGACAGAUCACUUCAGGAAAGGGGGCUCAUUGGUAAACGCCAUCUUCAGCCUUGGAAUGGUAAAUGAGUCUCUACAUGGGACAAUGGAUGGAGUAUUUCUCUUUGAAGAUGUUGCUGUGGAAGACAGUAAAACCAUGCCGGGCUAUGACGCAAUUGUUGUAGAGCAGUGGACUGUCCUGAAGGGAGUUGAAGUGCAGACGGAUUAUGUCCCGCUGCUGAAUUCCCUGGCCAUGUACGGCUGGCAGCUGACGUGCGUGCUUCCCACUCCCAUUGUGAAGACAAACAGGGAGGGGAAUUUAUCUACAAAGCAAAUUGUAUUUCUUCAGAGACCUUCUUUGCCCCAGAAAGCGAAGAAGAAAGAAUCUAAGUUUCACUGGAGGUUCUCCAAAGAAGACAUGCGCAACAAACAAAUGAAGAAAUCUGCAAAGGCCAAAUUAAGCACCAAGGAGAAGCAAAUGGCAGAGAAGAAGCAGGAAUUUGAAGACACAGAGAACACAAGAAACUUAGAAGCACAGAUCUCGGCAGCAGCCAAGCCUGAUGCAGAACAGCAGCUGGAUGAUGUCAUCGGCUUGGGAGAUGAGGUAGCAGAGACCGAUGACAGAGGCACCCAUCACGACGGGGCAUCAGAAGAAACGUGUCCUGUCAGCUGCGAUCCUGAUGACGACAACGCGCGGGUCUGCCCCAGCCAGAGCCCGUCCGGCUGCUGCGUGGACCAGGGGACAGUGGGGGGAGACGGUGCCCCGGUAUCAGAUGGCUGCAACGGCAGCGGUGGGGCAGGGCUGGACGUGGACUGCUCCUGUGAGUAA